AUGGAAUUGGAGGAGCAGGUGAAGGCAGGUACAAGUGAGGAGGACAAAAAGGGCGCGUUGGAACGGCUGAAUAACGCGUUGAGGGAAGAGCUGCAAGAGGCGUUGGAUAAAAUCGAGACGCAAAGGGGCGAUGGCGAGGUGCUGCAGAGGGAGAAGGAGGAGCUUCGGAGAAAACUCUUUCGCAUGGAGGAGCAGGCUGAGGUGCAGUGUGGAGUGGCCGAGGCCAAGGUUGGUAUGUUGCUGCAGCAGGUGGCAGCAUCUCAGCAGGCAGAGCUGGCUCUCAAGAUGCAAGCGGUGGAGCAAGACGGACAGAGGGCUGCCCUUGCACGGGAGUUGCAUGUAUGCCAGGCAGAACAGGCGAGAAAAGCCGCUGACAUUGAAAGGAUUGCUGCUGAGAGGGACGAAUUUGCUGGGGAAGCAGCACAGCUGCGUGUAGAGCGGGAGGUGAGGCAAAAGCAGGUGGAGGCUUUGGUGGAGGCGAAGGAGAGGGCUGUGGGGCAGGCAGUGGAGCUAGCAGCUGCUAACGAGAGAAGUUUUGAUGCGAGGGAGAUAGCUGAAGUGCAAGAAAGGCAGCUGAGGGCAGACCUAGAAGAGGCACAAAAGCAGAUGGAGGUUCUUGUGGGGGAGAAGGAGAGGGCUCAGGAGCAUUUGGUAGAGGCAAGAGCUGCUGAGAGGGAGAAGUGGAGGGCGCUGGAAGAGCAGAGGCGGGCUUUUGAAGACGCUCUUGAGGGAGCGAGGAGAAAAGUGGUGGAGAUUGAAGAUGCUGUAAGAAGGGAGGUGAGAAGGUUGGAAGAGGAGAAGAGGACGUUGCAGGAGGCCCUUGAGGGAGUGAAGAGACAGCAGGUGGAGAUGGAAAAUGCUGGGAGAGAAAGGGUGAGGAAGUUGGAAGGGCAGAAGAGCAGUUUGGAGGAGGUGGUUGAGGGAAUGAAGAGAAAGUUGGAUUAUCUUAGGGGAGAGAAUUUGAGGGCGUUGGGAGGGCUUAAGGAAGAGCUCAGGUUGGAGAGGGAGCGGGUGAUUUAUGCUGCGGGCCAACUGGGGCCAUGUCUGUAUUAG